AGCUGUCAAACAGCUGAUCAUCAUAAACAAAUCAAAUUUUAUAAAAUGUAGAUAAAAAAAAAUUGAAGAAAAUGAAAAAAUAUCAGCGGCUUUUGCUAAUAAUCAUCUCCAUAAUCAGCUUAAGCCUUUUUCUGGUAUACAGACACCAAUAUAACCGUUUAAGACACGUCCUGGAAGUGUUUAAUUUCUUCGGAACUCCUUGUAAUAUUUCUGAGCUUCAUAGGAGCCCCGGAGUUCUAUUGGAGCAUGACUGGGGUCCACAGCCCGUUUGGCAAGAGGUGGAUAGUAAGGGUUUUAUCUAUAGUGCAUUCUUAGUGGAAAAUCACAAAGUUCAAGGACUGGGAGUAAGACAUGCCAGUGUGGCCAUUCCCAAGUCAUGUUUUCUAUUCUUUGAAGAUGAUCCUAAGCCUAUCAAAGGCAAGUUGGGGGUGUCUAAGGUAGCGGAAGAUAAAACUAGUGGGUUUUUAGUUUAUGUUUUUACAUGUGUAUUUGGUGACGCAGACAAUAGGAGUCCUUAUAGUGUUGCUUUUAAGAGCCAAAGUGGACCGAAGUAUGUGACUACAUUAGUGACAAAUGCUUUAGAUAAACGGGGGAUAUUCAACGGGACGAUUUGUGCGGCACCAGGUUUGUUUUCCAAGAAAAUGCUGUUAGAGUUUUUAAGUUUUCACAGUUUUAUGGGCAUUGAAAGUUUUAUAAUUUAUCAUGAACAAAAUCUGCCUCACAGGGUCUUGAAACUGUUAAAAAACUUCUCAAAUAACCUGAAUUUGUGGUUAACUUUUUACCCCUAUAACCUUCCAUUGUUCAUACCGAAACAGUUUACAAAAAUCCUGCUGGAAUAUGAUUGUCUGUUAAGAACAAAAAGUCAGUCUAAAUUUUCACUGGUUUUAAACCUAAAUGAGUAUAUAGUGCCUUCAGGGGACCAGAAAAAGCACAAAAACAUGCGGUUGCCAAUCAAACAGUUCUGCAUAAGCCAUGUGAGUAAAAACCGCCCGAUAGUGCUACAGAAUUAUGAAGUUUUAGACAAUCAUAGCUUUAAUGAAGUUGUUCAAUUAAAUGUAAAUAAUUUUAAUACUUCCAUGGGGAGCAACAUAAGGACCAUCUUUGAUAAUAACUGUGUGAUAUUUAGGUAUGAGAAGUGUGAAAAGGGGGCAAAAACCCUACCAGAUUUUUCCAUGAAGAGAUUCUCGACCGAUUUAACUAGAAGCACUUUGGUGCAACUCUUGAUUCAUGAUGAUGUUUAAUUGUGAUUUUUUUAAUUAAAGUUUGCUUAAAGAGGGGUUUGUAAAGCCUAUUUAAAUUUUGUUAUAUUUCAGAUUUAUGCUUAUACAUUUAUAUAAAUGCAGAUUUUAUAAAAGAUGUGAUAAUUUUCUGCUUUUUGUAAGGAUAUAUUUUAGGGCAUGUUAACUGAUAAAUGCUGUUGAAACAAUACAAGUUAUUUAUUUCAA